AGGGCGGGCGCGGGGAGCGCGGCCGGGCCAUGGGCAGCGUGCGCUGGGCCUUCCCCUGCGGGGCAUGGCGGCCCCGCCGCCCCGAGUGGCUGCUGGCCGCGCAGCUGGUGCAGCCCGAGGAGAAGGAGCGCAUCGGCCAGUUCGUGUUUGCCCGCGAUGCCAAAGCCGCCUUGGCUGGUCGCCUACUGAUGAGGAAAUUAAUUGCAGAAGAGCUGUGCAUACCUUGGAAUGAAGUACACUUGCAAAGGACACCAAAAGGAAAACCUUUCCUGGCCAGUAACUUACUCAGCAUCAACUCAAAUUACAACUUCAAUAUCUCUCAUCAAGGAGAUUAUGCAGUCCUUGCAGCUGAGCCUGAGCUUCAAGUUGGCAUUGAUAUUAUGAAGACUGAUUUACCAGGUAGUAGCUCAAUUCCAAAUUUCUUUCACAUAAUGAAGCGACAGUUUACUGAAACAGAGUGGGAUGUAAUCAAGUCAAUGAGUAAUGAAUGGAUGCAGCUGGAUAUGUUUUAUCGGCACUGGGCCCUAAAAGAAAGCUUCUUAAAGGCCAUUGGAGUUGGAAUUGGCUUUAACUUGCAAAGAAUUGAAUUUAAUGUGUCUCCAUUGCAACUGGAAAUAGGGAAGGUGUAUAAGGAUACAAAAAUGCUUCUGGAUGGAGAAAAAGAAGAGGAGUGGACAUUUGAGGAAACCCGCUUGGAUGAUAAUCAUCAUGUUGCAGUGGCACUUGGAAAACAGGAGGGAUUUGUACAGAAGGAUUCUGAUGUCUGUUCCGUGGAGCCUAACCAACCACAAUUUACAUUAUUGACUUUUGAAGAUUUAGUUGCAUCUGGUAUUCCUGUCACACCUGAGGAUUCUGCAUAUUGGGACAAUUUCUGUUCAAAGCAGGAAGGUCCAAUGAAACAGAGUUCGCAUUCAAGAUAAGACUGUGUAUAAGAAAAAGAAAUUAAUCAGACUUCUUAUGCCGUUAUCCUGUUUAAUUUGAAGUAUGGGAAUAAGUGCAUAUAUGUAAAUUAAAUGUAUCUUUCCUUAUUUAAGCUGACAACCUGAUUCUCAUGACACUUCAUUGGAAUUGUAAGGAAGACGUUUCCUUACAUGAAGGAAUUCUGAAUCAGAAGCCUAAACCAACAUGCUUUUUUGCAUCUCCUUGCCUGUGGUUCUUACACUUCAGUAAUUCUGCAAGAUAGGAACAGAAAGCAGUUGUAUAAUAAUGUUGUUUAUUAGUCCACAAGUGUUUAGUAUAUAAAAAGUGUUUCCAUACUCAUUUAUGAUGAAGCUUAAAUUAUGAUAGUGCUUUUUCUCUUACAAAAAUUAUUCAUUUAUUCUCAGAUGGAUGAAUAAAAAAAUGCUGCAAAUUCUUAGGUGACCAACACUUGGUGUUUGUGUAAUGCCAGACUGAAAAGGUCUGUAGUAGUCUUGGAGCUACAUGUGUGCAAAAAUAGUUUGAGACAGGGAAUUAACUUACAAAUAUUUCAUAGACUUUUCACUUCUUAUCUUUGCUAAUUAAAGCUUCCUAUACACAACUUAGUAUUUGUCUUUUAACAGUUCUUUUUUUUAAUCUUCAGCAAUAGAUGCAAGCCAAGCAGCAUUUCAAUUUUCCUGUACUUGCAUUUGCAUCAGUCAAAAUCAGAAAAAAAAGAAAGCUAUUUACUUUUUUCCAAAUAGUCUUGUAACAUCUAAUGACAGAACAUUUUACUGAAGGUUUCUGGAGAUGUGUAGAUCUUGAAUACACAUCUGGAAUAUUUUGUCUUCUUUUUCAAAAUACAUCCUGUUUUGUACCAUUACCUCUCACUCUUCUUUCUAGAAAUCAUGGAUAAAAUGUGGUCCAUCUAAAUUUAUGAAAACAUACUGAACAGAAUGAUCUUUGCACAAAAUUAAUUACCUUCUGUCCUACAGUUAAACAUAGAUUUUCAUUGAAUUUGGGGCUGUGUACAACUAUGUAUUCACAAGUAUUGGAUCCCUGAACUCCAUUGAAUAAUUCUGAAUUCAAACAUGCUGCUAAACUCUCCCGCUUCUAAUGCUGUUGAAUAUUUUUUUUCCAUUUCUAUGACUCUCAUCCUGCAUGCUAAUCAUAGUUUUUAAUGUUUUGGGUUUUUUAUCCCGUCCAAAACUGCAAGUCAUUGAAGAAAUGACUCUUCCCUCCAGUCUCCACAGGGGCUAAAUUAGAUAUUCAGUAACUUCAAAUCUGAAGUUUAAAAAAACACAGAAUAUUUUAUAUACAAAUUCUAAGUCAUGCAUUCCAGAUUGUUUGUGUCUUAGAAAAAUGAAAUUCAACUUGCAAUAAAUAAUUUGCAAUCCACAGAGGUCCAGUAUAUACCUAUCAGUCACUGGACCCAUCAAUUGCAACUUUGCCAGACAAUUUGAAUUUGCCAGCUUUUUUAUUAGGACAAUGAAUCAAACUGCAAAUAUGGAAUGAGCUGAAUAGAAGAAAUUCCAAUCUAGAUUUCUGGGGAUAAGAGAAUUAAUUUCAUAAUAGAGAUUAGUUAUUUUUGCAUGGAAGCAGUGUCUCAAACCAGAAAUUUUCUUUCACUGGAAAGAGUUUUAAAAGUAUUAAUGAAAUUAUUUUUAAUAUUGUGCUUGCAUGUAAGUAGAGGACAAGACAAUUUUGUUAAAUUAGAAAAUUGUGCUUGGUUUUCUUGCAAGGAAUAUGAUAAUUUUCAAUGCAGUAUCUAAUCAGAAAGAGUUUGUUUAGUUAGUUCUCCAUGAUGUAAAAUCUUAGUUUAGAGUGGUUAUAAAGAAUUUUCUAGAAGACUGCAGUUUCUUAUGGUGUGAUUUUUUUCUCUUUUAAUUUACACUGAACUACUGGAAAAAUAAGGUUAAUCUCAUUUUUAAUUUUAAUAACAGUAAGGGUAGGUGAUGGUAAUGCCUUUUGAAGAGCCACUUGAAUCAGGUUGAUUCAUGUCAGUGCAAAUGGACAUAAUUGUUAUACUUGUUUAUACAUCAGUGGGAAAGAGCAGCUGGAUCAUUAUGGAAUUUUUGGCUAAAAGCAUGCCACUAAAAGGCCAGCAGGAAAUUCUGAGUCCUUAUGAAUGUGAAUGAUCCUUCUUAAAGUCAGAAGUAAGUUUUUCUGACUAUCUGUGCUGUGGAGGCACAUACUGAAAUAAGUGUUGUUAGUGUGUACAAAUAAAUUAAUGUAAUUUCACAGUUCUAAGAUAAAUUUCUUUUUUAAUUCACCGUCACACCGGGUAGACUUUUCCCCUAUGGAACAGCAUUGACCCAUCCUCCCAUUUCUCAAAUUCUCAGAUUUUGGUCUUAGAUUAGAUCUGCUGUCCUAGGUGGCAUAUCAACACAGUGUUUUUGAGAAUAUUUAUUAAUAGUCUCUGACCAAAAAAUAAAUUUUAAAAGUUUUGGUUUCAAUGAAAAGUUUCAAUGAAAAUAUUGUUAAAAGUGAAUGGAUGUGAUUUAGUUUGGAUUUGUUCAAAACUUUUUGUAUCUUACAUCAAAAUUGGUUAAGUGGCUUAGGAACUUCAGGGGGCAAAACUGGGUUCAAGGCAGUUAGCACCUGUGUGACAAGAGACGGGUGCCAUUUGAUGUGAAAAUCUGUAACUGAAAAGUGGAUCAUGUGAGUUCCCUCAGCCUUUUACAGGGUCAGUAAACUUACACAGGAUGUAGAUUGUUGCUAUCUUACAGGAUCGAGUCCACUGAUGUUAAUUAAGUAUGCUCAUCUUAGACAAGAAAUCAGAGAUGUAUCAACAGAGGUAGUAUAUAUAUGGUGGUUAUAUGUGUGAUCUGGGAAACAUCCAGGCAACAGCUCAACUUUAAACAACCAUCUGUACCCAAGACACUGCAAUAAGAAGAUGAUUUGCAAAAAAGUUGAAAGGGUGGUUAUGCAAGUCAGCAUAGAGUGCCCUUUGUGGGAGUUUUACAGGAUUAUAGUGCUACAUUCUACAAAGAAGAUAAGCGGUUCUUGGCAGUAUUGAUGCAACUAUGUAUAAAACAUCAAUUGAGACUGUCAUCCUUAACUGCUGUCUAAUUCUGCAGGUGUGCUUCAUUAUCCUCCAGAUUCAGUUCAUUUUGAUUACUUUGCUCUUUGUAGAAAAUGUAAGCAUGAAAAUAAAUGAAUUUUCAAGAGAGACAGCAUUUGAAAUAAGGGGGUUUUUUUUCAAAAAGUCAUUUUUUGUAACAUGUUAUUUUCUUGCUCUGAAUAAAAAUGCAGAUGUUUAUGGCCAGACACUGUAUAUGAAUCCUGUUUCUUCUAAGAUUUCUUUACUGCAAUAAAAUAUGGACUAUUUUG